AUGGAAGCCACUGCUAGAAGAAUAAGGUUGAUAUAUCCUCUUGCAGGUGUUACAGACACUGCGAGGGGUGCCAGUGGUUAUGGAAGAGACGAUGGUGACUUCAACAGAGGAAAGGAAGAGAUGAGCUCUGAUGAUACCGACAGGACAAUAUGGACAGAGACAACACAGGGAGGGGGAACUGAAGGUGGAAGACGAAGAGAUAGGGGAUCAACACACGGAAGUAGAGGAGAAAGGGGUGGAGAAGAAGGGCAAUAUCAUACAGGAAGGGGCUCAAGCUCGGGCACUGGAUCUGGGUAUGCAUCAGGAGGGAGAAUUAGCACAGGAGGGUCCUCGUCUGGAGGUGGCCACAGCUCUGGAGGAUUUAGUUCCAGCUCAGGCAGUGGGCAAUGCAGUCCUCACGGUGGAGGGCUGAGCUCUGGAGGGAGCAGUGGCUCUGGCAGGAGAGGGUCCAUUACAGGAGAAGGAGGGAGCUCAGGUCAUGGGGGGUCGAGCUAUGGCAGUGGAAGUGGGGGCUCCAUCCGAGGAGGAGGAGGCUCUGGGUCAGGGUCAGGUUCUGGAGGAAGCUUUGGUAGUGGUGGGUCCUCGUCUGGAGGUGGCCACAGCUCAGCAGGCUAUGGGUCGAGCUCAGGCAGUGGAUCAGGCAGGAGAGGGUCCAUUUCUGAAGGAGGUGGAAGCUCAGGUCAUGGUGGAUCGAGCUUUGGCAGUGGAAGUGGAGGCUCCAGCUGUAGAGGAGGAAGCUCUGGCUCUGGGUCAGGAUCUGGUGGUAGCUUUGGAAGUGGUGGUGCGUCACCUGGGGCUGGCCACAGCUCUGGAGGCUUUGGUUCGAGCACAGGCAGUGGAUCAGGCAGGAGAGGGUCCAUUUCUGAAGGAGGUGGAUGCUCAGGUCAUGGUGGAUCAAGCUAUGGCAGUGGAAGUGGAGGCUCCAUCUGUAGAGGAGGAGGCUCUGGCUAUGGCUCUGGGUCAGGAUCUGGUGGUAGCUUUGGCAGCGGUGGGUCCUCGUCUGGAGGUGGCCACAGCUCCGGAGGCUUUGGGUCGAGCUCAGGCAGUGGAUCAGGCAGGAGAGGGUCCAUUUCUGAAGAAGGAGGAAGCUCAGGUCAUGGUGGAUCGAGCUUUGGCAGUGGAAGUGGAGGCUCCAUCUGUAGAGGAGGAAGCUCUGGCUAUGGCUCUGGGUCAGGUUCUGGAGGAAGCUUUGGCAGCGGUGGGUCCUCGUCUGGAGGUGGCCACAGCUCCGGAGGCUUUGGGUCGAGCUCAGGCAGUGGAUCAGGCAGGAGAGGGUCAAUUUCUGAAGGAGGUGGAAGCUCAGGUCAUGGUGGAUCAAGCUAUGGCAGUGGAACUGGUGGCUCCAGCUGUAGAGGAGGAGGCUCUGGCUAUGGCUCUGGGUCAGGAUCUGGUGGUAGCUUUGGCAGCGGUGGGUCCUCGUCUGGAGGUGGCCACAGCUCCGGAGGCUUUGGUUCGAGCUCUGGCAGUGGAUCAGGCAGGAGAGGGUCCAUUUCUGAAGGAGGUGGAAGCUCAGGUCAUGGUGGAUCGAGCUUUGGCAGUGGAAGUGGAGGCUCCAUCUGUAGAGGAGGAAGCUCUGGCUCUGGGUCAGGAUCUGGUGGUAGCUUUGGCAGUGGAGGUGCGUCACCUGGGGGUGGCCACAGCUCUGGAGGCUUUGGGUCGAGCUCAGGCAGUGAGCGAUGCAGUCCUCACAGUGGUGGGCUGAGCUCUGGAGGGAGCAGUGGCUCUGGCAGGAGAGGGUCCAUUUCAGAAGAAGGAGGGAGCUCAGGUCAUGGGGGGUCGAGCUAUGGCAGUGGAAGUGGGGGCUCCAGCUGUAGAGGAGGAGGAGGCUCUGGGUCAGGGUCAGGUUCUGGAGGAAGCUUUGGUAGUGGUGGGUCCUCGUCUGGAGGUGGCCACAGCUCAGCAGGCUAUGGGUCGAGCUCAGGCAGUGGAUCAGGCAGGAGAGGGUCCAUUUCUGAAGGAGGUGGAAGCCCAGGUCAUGGUGGAUCGAGCUUUGGCAGUGGAAGUGGAGGCUCCAGCUGUAGAGGAGGAAGCUCUGGCUCUGGGUCAGGAUCAGGAGGGUCAUUUGGAAGUAGUGGGUCUGUAUCCCAUGGUGGUGAAACCUUCAGUGGUGGGUCAUGUAUUUCUCCUGGUGGUCAUAGCUCUAGAGGUGGGGGUUCAAGUUCUUUUGGUGAAGGUGAUGGUUAUGGUGGUUCGUGCUCUGGGGAUAUCUGUAGUUCUGGUAGUGAGGGGUAUGGCUUUGGAAGUGGGCAAUUUUCUGGUGGGGAUGGAUGUUACCAGAGUGGUGGCGAGUGUGGUGGACUUGAAUAUUAUGGUCGUAGGGUUGAAACUGGAGAAUGCAGCUCUGAAGUAGGGCCAUCUUCUCCAAGAUGUGCGUACUCAUCUGGCUCAGCUUUUGGCUCAGGGACUUAUGAUUUUUCUGGUGAUCCUUACCACAAGUAGUUUUUGCUUCUGGAAUUGGAGAAAGGCUUUCCCCUUGCUUUCAAUGCAAGUAUACCUUUUCUGUCCAUCACUGGGUCACCUGUGACACCGGCCAUUUUCCUCCAUGUAGAGCCACAUGCUGAGUUCUCCAAUCUGCCACUGCCGCACCUCUCUCUUGUGAUUGCGUUUUGAUGAUUUGUUUUGUUUCCUUAGUCUUUUUCUGUAAUGCCUGAGCACAUCAGCUCAUUCUGUCUG